AUGRCUAYUARUGRUAAAGAUUUUWCUGUAGAUAAAAUUAAACAAGARUAUAAAUUUAUAGAUGKUUCGAAUUUUUACAAAAUUUAUAAUGAAUUUAAUUGGCCGUGUAUAAAUGAUAUAUAUACUGAUUUUGGUGCAUCCUGUCUUCCGGGUGAUUCAGAUGAUUGGACAGAAUUCUCUGAAGUUAAUGAACUCCUAAGUAAUCUUUAUAGCAAUUUAUAUAGGGUAUAUUAUACAAUAGCAAAACGUGGUAAUGACUACUUUGAAAARAACCUAGAAGAAGUAAAAACAAUGGGGUGUACCUACUUGAAAUAUUGGUUAUAUGAUCAAAUAACUUCGAAGAAGUUUGAUGAAUCACAAAUUACAAAGUUCUUCGAUGGAAUCUAUAAUCAUAUAAAAAAUCACAUUCACAGCUUCAAAGUGGAUUAUUGUAAUUUUAGUAGGUUAUCAUUAGAUGAAAUAAAAAGUAUAAAAAAGUUAUAUGCCUUUAAUGCUAUUAUUUAUACUGGUUAUAACAUUUCUGAUGCUUGCAAUAAUAAUAGUUGUAAUUAUGACUAUUUUGAAGAAGCACUAAUCGAAUUUAUUAAUAGUAUUAAAAAAUGUUCCAGUGAUUCUUCUAAUAUGGGGUAUUGUAAUGAAUUUAACGAAUUUCUAAGUGUAUGCAAUGAUGAAAACACAUAUUCAGGAAUCACAAUAAAAAAUGAUUAUAAGGRAUAUAGUACUGAUCCCAGUAACAAAUACUUAUCUUUUAGACCCUUUGGAAGAACUUUACGUAAAAGAAAAGGGGAAAAUAUAGUGAAUAUUGACGAAGCAGCACAUAAUUCAUUAUUGUAUACAACGGAUACUGAACAAUUACCAUUACAAAACAGGGAAUAUAAAGUGGCGUAUCAUACAUUUAGUGAUACGUAA